AAGAAAGAGAGAGAGAGAGGUUUAUAUUAGCACAGAGCAGCUCAGAGUUCAUUCAGUACUGAGACUCAGACAGAAGUGUGUUACAGAUUUAAGACUAACAGCAGAAAUGAGAGAAAUAGUUCAUAUACAAGCCGGACAAUGCGGCAAUCAGAUCGGCACCAAGUUUUGGGAAGUCAUAAGUGACGAACAUGGCAUUGACCCAGCAGGCAACUAUGUGGGAGACUCGGUCCUUCAGCUGGAGAGAAUUAAUGUGUACUACAAUGCGGCAAGCUCACAUAAGUUUGUACCUCGAGCCAUACUGGUGGAUCUGGAGCCGGGGACGAUGGACAGUGUCCGAUCUGGGACAUUCGGACAGCUCUUUAGACCUGAUAAUUUCAUCUUUGGACAGACAGGUGCGGGGAAUAACUGGGCGAAAGGGCACUACACAGAAGGAGCCGAGCUUGUGGACUCAGUGCUGGACAUAGUGAGGAAGGAGUGUGAGCACUGCGACUGCCUCCAGGGCUUUCAGCUCACCCACUCGCUGGGAGGUGGCACUGGUUCAGGCAUGGGCACGCUGCUCAUCAGUAAAAUCCGUGAAGAAUAUCCGGACCGCAUCAUGAACACCUUCAGUGUCAUGCCCUCACCCAAAGUGUCCGAUACAGUGGUGGAGCCUUAUAACGCCACACUGUCUGUGCACCAGCUGGUGGAGAACACGGACGAGACGUACUGCAUCGAUAACGAAGCACUUUACGACAUCUGUUUCCGCACACUCAAGCUCACGACACCAACGUAUGGUGAUCUUAAUCACCUGGUUUCAGCCACCAUGAGUGGAGUCACCACCUCGCUGCGCUUCCCUGGUCAACUGAAUGCAGAUCUCCGCAAGCUGGCUGUAAACAUGGUUCCCUUCCCACGCCUGCACUUCUUCAUGCCCGGUUUUGCCCCACUGACCGCUAGGGGGAGUCAGCAGUACCGUGCCCUCACCGUGCCUGAAUUAACACAGCAGAUGUUCGAUGCUAAGAACAUGAUGGCUGCAUGUGACCCGCGUCACGGCCGCUACCUGACUGUGGCCACCGUCUUCCGAGGCCCCAUGUCCAUGAAGGAAGUGGAUGAGCAAAUGCUCGCCAUCCAGAACAAAAACAGCAGCUACUUUGUUGAGUGGAUCCCCAACAACGUCAAAGUGGCUGUGUGUGACAUCCCACCCAGGGGACUCAAGAUGGCGUCCACUUUCAUUGGCAACAGCACGGCUAUCCAGGAGCUGUUCAAGCGUAUCUCUGAGCAGUUCUCUGCUAUGUUUCGACGAAAAGCCUUUCUGCACUGGUUCACCGGAGAAGGCAUGGACGAGAUGGAGUUUACAGAGGCCGAGAGCAACAUGAACGACCUGGUGUCUGAGUACCAGCAGUACCAAGAGGCUACAGCCAACGAUGGCGAAGAUGCUUUCGAUGAGGAUGAGGAGGAAGUCAACGAGUGAACCCUGUAGGCUGAUACUCUCAUCACUCACUGAUUGUGCGCACACAUUUAACGUUAUGUGGUUUUUGUUUUGUUUUUUUCUCUUUAAGCUGUGAUUUAACUUUUUUUUUCUUUCUUUUUUUAAAUGUAAAACCCUAGUCAACACUAGGAAAAUAAAUAUUCCUGAAAUUUGAAGAGAUCUGUUUUUAUUCUUUAAUAUUUAUAAAUAGUUCUAAAAUAAUGCAGAAGUCAUUGUUUCCACAGACACUGCAACCACAUGUACAAUUAUAGCAGGACUGGAGCUUACUCACUGACCUACUCCAUGACCUAAUGAGCUAAACAGACAGGAUAUUCUGCAGAAAUUCACCGGCCAGAUAAUAUUUCUAUCGCCACACUGGCGUGAAGCUCGGUUUUGCGUUGGCAUCGAGGAAGUGAACUCUGCGUCAGUCACUCUAAAUGCCAAAUCCUUUUGUUCAUUUCCGCUCAUGACUUUAUAGCAGAUGUGCCUAGAGAGGAUAUAAAUCCUGCUCACCGUGGCCUCGGUUAUCCCCCAACAGCUGCUGAGCAAGGCAUUCCUCGUUCAGAGCUGUGCAACAAACAAUAGAGGAAGUCCAGUCUCGACAGAACUAUUUGUAGUGCAACACAAUGACUGAUGCAGCAGGGUGCAAUCCUGUCAUCAGGAGAAUUACCUUUUUGUGUUUUAACAAUGCAAACCAUUCACACAUACAGCAAAGGGGGGGAAAAAACCAAUGAGUAAGUAUUCCUUUACAGAUGUGGACUAUAAUUUUUCUGGACUCUAUUUUCCAGAUGACCUAAUAACCAGAGAAUGGCAUAGAGGGGAUAGACAGACGAAUGGAACAAAAAGAAACAUAUCCUUCAGCUCCAUAUUACAGUCCAGAGAAGAAAGACAUUUUGACAUGUGCACUCUGGUUCUUUCAAAUACCUAACAGCUGGAGUGGAUUCAGUAGGACAGGGCGUGGUUUUUCAUGACACAGCAGGGAAAUGCUGCUCUGAGCUAGAUUAGAUCCUAGAUUAUCCAGCAGGUUUAGACAUGUUUACACAUUUAUUAAAACUUUUUAACCCCAAAAAACAAUGAAACUUUGUACUUUGAUUAGAUAUACACUACCAGUCAAAAGUUUGUGGACACUCGACUGAAAUGUUUCUCAUGAUGUUAAAAAGCUUUUGAUCUGAAGGUGUAUGAUUAAAAGUUUGAAAUCGGUGUUGUAGACAAAAAAUAAUUGUGCCGACAUUUUCAUUAGAAAACUAACAUUUUAUUUACAAAAGGAUCUUUUUUUUUUUUUUUUUUAAAUGGGCGACUCGGAGCGAAAUAUUCCGAAAAGCAGCCACUAAGUGUCCAGCAUCGGUGUGAACUCCUUUAAUACUGUUUUAAAAGCAGCUCAGGGAAAUUCCUCAAGAAACCGGUCGAGAAAAUGCCAAGAAUACAUUUCUGGAAAUUCUCUGCAAAAAGGGUAUUUAUUUUGAAGAUGCUAAAAUAUUAAAUUAUUUUGAUUUAUUUUGGAUUUUUUAUCACAACAUAAUUCCCAUAGUUCCAUUUGUGUUACUCCAGAGUCUUGAUGACUUUAUUAUUAUUAUUCUAAAAUGUGGGGAAAAAAAUUUAAAUAAAGAAUGACUGUUUCUAAAUUUUUGACCGGGUGUGUGUAAAAUAUUAUAUUAUAUAUAUAAAUAUAUAUAAUAUUUGAAAGGCAUUUCAACAAAACUAUCAUUUGUAAUAUUACCGUAAAGUUGCUCAGCUCUGCUCCUUUCUCUUAAAAAUAAUGUUAGUAAUGCAUUUUAUAGCUCCUGUCUAAAACCCAAAGUAAGAAAAAAGAAGAAAACAAAUCUAUUAGGAGAAAAGUCAAGUUUUAGGCAGACAUUUUAAAAUGGGAGAAGGAUGGUUGCAGUUUUUUUUUAAUGCAACCAUCACACAAAAACACUGACAACCAUCAGAAACAAGCAAUGAGUCAUCACAAUGUGCCAUUAUUAUUAUACUUCUUUGUUACAUUAUCACUUCACACUAUUUUUUGCUUUUAGAUUUACUGAAUUUUUAAAGUUAGGGUAAUUAUGAUAAACCAUUACUAAUGUUCCUCUAAGGCAGUAUAGUAGCUAAAGCAUGUAAUGUUACCAUAUUGCACCACCAGGGUCACGGGUUUGAUCCAGAGCUAAAGUUGUGAACGGUCUGUGUGAAUUUUCACCUCUUCUCCCCUGUUUGUCUGGGUUUUCUCUGGGUUCACUGGUUUCAUCCACUUCCCAAAAUCAUGUUGGUAGGAUUGACUUGGUAGAUUGGUGGCUGUAAAUAGCCUGUGUUUUUACUGAACAGAAAGUACAGAGAUUUUCCAUGUGAAGAAAAUCCAGAUUUUAACGUUUUCAACCUUUUAAAAGCUCAUUACCCCAUCAUUAAUGGAGAAAACGUAAAACAAGUGCAGAAAAUAAUCUAGUGUCACCUAAAGGAGUUACGGUAGUGUAAAUCAGUGGUUUUCAAAGUGGGGGCCACCAGGGGGCGCCCGGGGGGCCUCAACAAUUCAGUCUGCCCAUCUGUCCCACUAGUAGGUUUUCUCUUUCUCACUCUGACAACCACACACACAAUCAAUUCCUAAUGUAAUGUGAUGUAAGAUGUAAUUAUUAAUAAAAAAGGGGGAUAUAUUCAGAAGUCUGUAUUUUUAAUGUGUUUUAAAGACGUUUUGCACAAAGGGGGCCUCGGUCAAAUGUUAAUGCCAUUUGGGGGGCCUUGCCCUGGAAAAGUUUGGGAACCCCCAGUGUAAAUCACAACCCCUAUUAUCAAAGUUACUAUAUUUAGGGGUCCAAGCACCAAAGUCAACUCUGACCUAAUUGUGUUAUAUUGCAGGAAAGUUUGGGAACAGAAAGCUCUAUGGAACAACAAAAAAAGAGAAACACUUGUAAUAUUUAAAUAUUGUUCAUGAAAUAAAUUCAUACUGAGGGGGUCUGUGGAAUAUUUUUUACUCUUAGUCACAGGAAUGUCCCUGGCUACAAAAAAAAAAGUUUAAAGCUCUAAAGACAACAUAUCCUGGGUCUUACUUUGAUAUUAAAGACUCUGUCUCACGCAUACUUUCCCAAAAGAAUGAAGACUGCAAGAAUGAUGUGCACUGCAUAUUAUUGAACAGUAAAAAGCCUAAACAUUAUAUUCUGCAAAUACACUGCUAAUCAGUUUGCUUAAAUGGGAAAACUUUAGCUAUCCUGUCCUAUAUAUGACAAACCAGUAAGUGCAUGAGGGGCUUCCUUCCUAGUCAUUCAAAUCCACAGGCCAUUCCUCAUGAACAGCUGUGUAAACUAUUUUCCUAAAUCCUAACCCACAUAUAUCCACACAAUAUAAAAUAUAUACCUCUGUAUGAGCAGAGAGCAGUGAGACGGUAUGUUGGCAGGGGUUGGUGAUUUUCGCAGUAGGUGCUGGACACCGGGAGUGUAAUUCUCCCUCUUGGAUGUUUUAUUGCUUCUCCAGAACUGUUUAUACCACAGCUCACUCUGCGUGUGGAUCUGCUCCGGUGAGUCAUAGUCACAGUGAAAUACACCAGAUCCUGAAACACACUGGGGUUCAGACAGGAAAUGACCAGUAUAUUACACUUCCAGCCUCAUUACACUGUGUAACUUUUUCUUCCCAGUGUGUAAAUGCUUUUGUGUUAAAAAAAGCUUAAAGUGUGUCAGCAAAUCAUGUGAUUUAUUUAUUUAUUUAUUUAUUUAUUUGUAAUGUUGCUUGGUGAACAUUUUACUUACUGUGUGCGCUAAGGAACGAAGCACAGAGUUGAAAAGUUUAAAAAUGUUUACAAAUUCUUAAUUUAACCCACUUGUAACGGCCUUAGUGCUGAUGUCUGGCUGUAUACACUGUAUUUCAAGGCGUGUUAGUGUUAUUCACAUAAAAUCACAAAGAAUACACAAUGGAGAAUAUGAAGUCUCAAAGCAACAGAGGCUAUAUUCAACAUGAAAUAACACUACACUAACAUAACACUAACACAUUGCCAUGGAACUAUGCUACAUAUAUUGUUAACGAUUAGUUAAAGACUUAAUGGGCAUGUGCAAUUAACAAAAGUAAUACUGUCGAUUCCUGUAAACUAUCCUGUAAAUUCACUUGAUCAUGAUAAGCAGCAGUAGUAGAGGCUUUGUUUGUAGGAUUUCCCCUCCUCUUUUGUUCCCAAAGCUGGAAAAACAAAAAAAACAAAACCACAACCCAGCUCCCCUUUAUGGCCUCAGACUGCAGUCACAAACAUAUUACCUAAAAAGGCCCCGGUCCAUUACUGUGAAUUUAGUUCUACAGGACAUGAAGUGCUUCUGAUUUAGUGCCCUCUGUUGGACUGAUGGUGUAUUACUGAUGCGCCUCUUUAAUUACACCACAGCAGUGUUGAAGUCUUGAAUCUGGUUACUGAAAAGGAGUUUCUUUAACAGCAGCUCUGGUAAUAUUAGGUUUAUAUUAAAGCACUCAUUUUAAUAUGCCAUCGUUUCCAUAGUAACCACUAAUUCACUGGGACUUGUAUGGGGAACACGCUGCCUAAUCUAUUUCUACAAUAAUAAACUGAUUCAUUGAGGAUGUGCUGUUAUCUAGCAACAAUAUAUAUAAAAUCAGUAAAACAUUCUAUAAGGAACUUUUUUAUUUAGCAUUUUUGGAAGGAGUCUCCAGUGUCAGAGCGUUGUAACGGUUGGAGGUAAAUGUGUUCCUUGAUGUUUUCCAGCACAGUGUGAAGGAUGUUGCGUUUUGCAGUUUCUCAGUAACAUGACAAGCUGCUUUUUUUUGGGACUUGUUAACUUUAUCUUAUUAAAAAGAGAGGCUGGUGAGUGAACAACUGUUUAUUGCAUCUAUAACACAUGAUAAAUGGGUAGUUCACUGAAAAAUGAAAGUUCUGUCAUCAAUUAUUCACUCUUAUGUCGUUCCAAACCCAUAAGACUUUUGUUCAUUUUCGGAACACAAAUGAAGACAUUUGAAUGAAAUCUGGGAGAUUUAUGUCCCUCUGUUUACAGUCCAAUUAAGCAAAACUUUCAAUCUCUUAAAAGAUCAUAAAGGCAUUGCAAAAGUAAUCCAUGUGACUCCAGUGGUUCGAUCCCAAUUUUAUGAAGUGACACGGAAGUUUUGUGUGCACAAAGCAACUAAAAUUAUGGCUUUAUUCACGAAAUAUCUUCACUUCUGCAUAGACCUCUGACGCGCGUUUACGAGAGAAUAAAUCUACCAUGGUUUGAGGUGAGUAUGUGAAGAUUUAUACAUCCUGCAUGUUUGCACAAUUAUAAACUGAAGGCUUCUCUUACUGGUUAGCUACAUUAGCAUCAUAGCUUCAGUGCAAAUCUGAAAAGAUGCUAAUUUCAGACUCUGACUUGAUUGAAAUUGGCGCUAAACGUGGAAAUAUGUUUUAAAUAAAAGGCAGCAUGUUCGAUUGAUCAUGGUAAAUUCAUUUCACAUUGCACAAUGACUGUGCUUAUUAAAUAUAAACUGGAUCAAGGACUUAUGACCACCAGAUGGCAGUGUUUUCAAACUUUAAAUCCUGCCAGUGCUGAUCUUAUAGUAUUGUGUAAUACUGUGUUUUAUUUUAGUGAUUUCCUGAUGAGCUGAUGAGUUGAAGCUGAGGUGUGUUAGAGCAGAAAAACACUAAUUAAUGGAGUGCAGGUGGGGUAAAAGAGCAGAAUCUUCCAGGUUCUUCGGUCCCUCCAGGAUUUUGCGAUUUUUGCGAUCACAAAAAUGAA